UUUUGGCUACUUUACUCCCAUUUUGUUGUGUCGUCUCUCAUCAAAUCCCUAAAUCUCGAGCUCGAAGAAGAAGACGAAAAUGGCACUGAGAAAUGCAAUUCUUCGUCACCUGAGGGUUCCUGUGCAGAGCCUAGGACUGAAUCAGUCUCAAAUUGGGUUCCUUGGUUCGAUCCGGUCGUUUUCUUCGCACGAUGAUCAUCUCAGCAGAGAAGCUGUCGUCGAUAGAGUUCUCGAUGUUGUCAAGAGCUUCCCCAAAGUCGAUCCCUCUAAGGUUACUCCUGAGGUUCAUUUCCAAAACGAUCUGGGGUUAGAUAGUUUGGACACAGUGGAGAUAGUGAUGGCUAUUGAAGAGGAAUUCAAGCUGGAAAUCCCAGACAAAGAAGCUGACAAGAUCGAUUCUUGCUCUCUCGCCAUUGAAUAUGUUUACAAUCAUCCAAUGUCUAGCUAAAAGCUGUGUGCUCUCUCAUGGUUUCUUAUUCGGUUUCUUCCCCCUUUUUUUGUAUGAGGUUCUUCUCUCUUGAUAAUGGGAUUUGCAAAUAAAUUCACUUCUGUUUUGAGAGCAUUGUUAUUGACUCUUUUAACAGUUCUAGUUUCUUAAAAGAAAACCUUUUUGCUUGAAUCUUGUGAAAGUUGACACUCUUUCUUGAAUUAAUACGAUUUGUCUUAU